UAGAUGUCAAUAAUCACAAUUUAUGUAUGACAUUACAUUUGACUGAACAUCUGUUCAGUCGUAGAUUUUCGUGAUCUAAAAAUUUAUAGUUUUUGACUCCUUUAAAUUCAACAUUAACAAAAUGAGGAUUCCAUUUGGUAAAAAGCAUGCUGAAAUUGCCACUUCCUUUGUCUCAUCAGCGGCAGGAUUUGGCGGCGCAGCGGGGCUUGCUCUACUCUACUUGACAGAUUGGAAAUUGGUGCUGCAAUACAUGCCAAUCUACAACACGAAAUUUGACAAAUCCGAAUGAUUUGCUCGAUACGUUGGGGAAAAACAUUUACAUUUUUCGCUCUAUCCUCAUGUUGUUCAUAAAUUUAAAGUUACUUUGCUUACACUUAAUGUGUUCUAAAUAAAAGUAGUGUGAAAAUUUCAACGAAA